AUGUGUCUAGAGUAUAAGAUUGGCCCUUAUCACUUAUUAACAAGCGAUCUGGAUGUGAUGAGUCGCAUGCUUGGCGUGCGAUCGAGGUGUCGAUGUGCAGAAUGGUACACAGGAAUGCGCUUUGCGCCUACGAGAGAUAAUGUGGAGUCGGAAAAAGAUGAAGCAAAACAUAGCGCGCUGAGAUCGAAAAUGGCUGCGGGUCUUCUAGCGCGACAAUGGUAUUCAGGAAGAGAGGUCGACCGUUUAGAAGAGCGUGUGGAUGGGACAGAUACCAGUGCGACAGCGGUGCGAGUGGUUCUACUUUAUUUGUUUACCACACCUCGUGUUCUAGAGAAGUUUCGUGCUGAAUUUACGGAAGCCCAAGUUUCUUUGCCCAUCCGCGACUCAGAGGCUAACGACUUGCCAUAUUUCCAAGCAAUCAUCAAAGAAGCUCUUCGCAUCUGGCCGCCUGUCAUUGGUUUGAUGGAGAAGGAAGUCCAGCCCGAAGGCGACGUCGUCAACGGACAGUUUAUCCCUAGUGGUGCCAACAUUGGGUACUCCGCAUUUCGAAUCUUUCGAUCUAAGAAACUAUGCGUUGAUGACGCAGAUGAAUUUCACCACGAACGGUGGAUCGAUACUCACCAGGACAGUUGA